AUGUCUAUUUUUUCAUUAAAUCAAAAUAUUUUUGAAGAAACUCAUAUAGAAAAUACACAAUUGCAAUCAGAUCUUUCAAAUUUACAAUUUCAAUUUUUAGUUCAAGAUAAUGAUAAUUUAUCUUUACUUGAAACAUCUGAAAUUUCUGAAAAUAUUGAAGAUAAUUUUUUAGAAAAUGAAAUAUGGACUGAAGAAGAACUUUUAAAAUUUAAAACAUUAUAUUAUAAAACAAUAGAUACUUUUGAAAAACAAGAUGAUGAUAAUCAAAAUUUAGAAGAAAAUAUAAGUUUAUUACAAAAUGAAAAUGAUUUUAAAAAAUCUUUUGAAAAAAAUUGUUGUGAAAAAAUUUCUUUUCAAGAUAUAUAUUUAUUAGAUAUAAUUGCUGCUACUAAACGAUCUGAAAUAGUUAGAAAUUUAAAAAAAUCUAAACUUACUACAGAAUAUUCUUUUGAAGGAAAAUCAAUUUGUUCAAAUGCUUUUAAAAUAAUUUAUGGACUUGGAGAUACACGUUGGAAAAAUUUAAGAGAUCAUUAUGUAGAACAUGAUAUUAAUUUACGUAUUAAUUCAAAAACUGGAAAAGUUGGAAGUCGAGCAUUAUCUUUUGAAACAGUAAUGAAAGUUAUUACUUUUAUAGCAGAUGCUACUUAUUCAUCUUUAUAUAUUCAAUAUUUAGAAGCAAUUAAAAAUAGUGAACAAUUUGAAGUUAGUCUUAUAACAUUUACAAGAGUUUGGAAAAAAUUUUUACCACAAAUUAAAAAAUUAACUCCUCGAAGUGAUUUAUGUUUCAAAUGUAAAGAUAUGAAAAUUAAUGCUAAUUAUUAG